AAAAAACAAAGCCCAGUUGAUUUGAGCACACAAGGAAGAGUACUUUUGUGGGUGUGUCUGACUACGUGCACUCCACAAAUAGUUACUUGAUCGCAACAUAGUUUCGAGGAGGACCUUACCGAGACGCAAGUGAAAUAAUACGUUCUGUUUUGAUAGAAAGUAAACUGUGAGAGCGACCGGUCGUUCGAAGUAGUUAGUCCGUCAAUUUAAUUUCUGAGAUUGUUUGUUGUCCACGUUUACCUUCUUUGUUGUGACGUCUUUGGACGUUAUCUGUGAGAAUAUUUGAUCAGCGGCAACAUUAUGUCAAACCUCCGGCCUAGAUGUUGUAUUUUAGGAAAGGGUUCGAAUGGCUACGGCUUCCAUCUGCACGGUGAGAAAGGGAAGACCGGACAGUUUAUCCGACUGGUAGAACCAGACUCUCCUGCCGCCACCGCCGGUCUCUUCGCUGGGGACCGACUGACGUUCGUUAACGGGGACAGCGUGGAGGGUGAGAGCCACCAGCAGGUCGUUGCCCGGAUACGAGCCACCGUGGGCAGCCUCGAGCUGAUCGUGGUAGACGCUGAGACCGCGGAGGUACUGAAGAAGCACAACUUGGAGUGCCGUAAAGAGUAUGUCACGGAGGGCAUCCCGUUACCGGGCAGCAAAUCGGGCCAUGGGGAUGCAGCGGAGAGCGAGGCGACUGCUACAUCGGCAGAGAACGGAAACUUCUCCCUACAGAGGCUAAGUGUGAGCGCCAAGGACUCGAAGGCAGAGCUGCGUCCUCGUCUGUGCUCGAUGAAGAAGGGUGCGACGGGCUAUGGCUUCAACUUGCACAGUGAGAAGUCUAAACCGGGCCAGUACAUUAGAGCUGUGGACGAGGAAUCUCCUGCUGACAAGGCUGGUCUCAAACCGCAGGACAAGAUAGUACAGGUUAACAGUAAGUCAGUAGCAGGGAUGCAGCACAGUGAGGUGGUAGCAGCCAUCAAGGCCGGGGGAGAUGAGACCAGUCUACUGGUGGUGGAUCGUGAGGCAGAAGCUUUCUUCAACAGCUGCAACGUCAUUCCUACUGAGGCCCACCUCACAGGACCUCUUCCUGAACCUGUGUCCAAUGGAGGAGCAGAAGAAGAGGAGCUGGAUGGUAAGGUAGCAGUAAAGCCUAAGGUGUCUGUCAGUGCAUCGACAUCCAGCACCACCUCCACUGCCUCUCUACCAACAUCCGCUGCCAGCACCCCUCCACCAGAGGUCCGGGUGCCUCCGGUUAAGGAGCCGAAUGCGAGCCUCAGCAUGUCUCUAGCCCAGGCCAAGGAGAGAGCUCACCAGAAACGCUCAUCCAAGAAGGCCCCUGCCAUGGACUGGAGCAAGAGGAACGAACUCUUCAGUAACCUAUAAAUCACCUUUCCUUCCUCCUUUCUCUCGCCCUCGCUCCUUCUUUUGCUCUCUCUCUCAAGCAGACACACAAUGUACGACAUGAACAGUGUUAAUAUUUUGUGAUUUUCAUGUGCUAAUUGAGGGGUUUUCCACUUUAUUUUUUUUCAAUAAAAAAAUAAUUGAAAUGCCACUCCUGCAUAAGAAACAUUGUAUAGUUUCCAUCUAGUAGGAUGAUGAAGAAAUCAAAGAUGAUGGAAUAUAUGGAAAUAAGAAAUGAAUGUGUAUCAUGAAGGUCUGUUGAAUCUUAUUGUCAGUCUAUCUGCAAUCUGAUUGGUUGCUAUACUUCCUUGUAGAAUCACGAGCUAGCUAAUAGCAAGCUGGGAGUGAUUGAGUUUUUCGGGAUGAGUUAAGAUGAAUCAAAACCUUCUUUCCAGAGACUCAUGUUUAGUACUUCUGCCUGAUCACUGGGCUCAAUCCGUAUGGUGGAAGAUCCAAGUUAUUUCUUCAUCUAAAGUUAGUGAAUUUUCCUGCGUUUGCGGAGACUGCAUUCACAGUAAACGUUGACGCAAUCAGAAAUGACCUUUACAUUUGAACCUGGAUCUUCUGCGAUAUGGAUGAAACUCAGCCCUUAAUGAAUGACUAACCAUCUGAAUUCUUUAGCAAUACAAAAUAAUUAAUGAGGUCGACACGUCUGGUUAGCAAAUAUCACUGAAUUUGUUCAGGAAAUGUGUCAUUCUAAUGCUGACCACUGGUGUACUACCCUAUCUUUUUGAAGAUGUUGACAUGUCAAUUCUUAGACUGUAGAACCCAUUCAGAAUACAUGAGAUUCUCUGUUCUAUAUGUGACAAUCAUUGUUGGGUCACAUUUCGGUUAAAGGGACUGAGGUAUGUGGUUCUAGAUGUUAACCCAAAGUAAACUGUUGUUUAACUGUAAAGUUAACCUGUCCAAACUGGUGUUCAAUCACCACUAUUGUAAAAUCCUACGGUAUUUUUAUCGUUGUGAUUCAACUUUUUGUCCUGCCUAUGUCUCAUCGUUUUAAAGAAUGACGAUUGUGUCUUCUAGAUUUGUACAUAACUCAAAAUACAAUUUCCGUCUUAAAGAAAGAAAUCCUCAAUUUGUUUGAAGACUGUUCCAGAAUCUUUCUGGGUUGACGGGAGUGUUAGCCUACUGUAUAUGUGGCAGCUCUGGUCCAGGGCGCUACUGGCUGUGUACGGUACAAGGGCUGAGUUGUCAAAUGUCUUGAGGAUGACUGGUAUAAAUGUGGUAUCAAACA